AUUCUUUCACAAAUUUUCGCAGUGAACAGAGCAGAGCUCUUGGAAGUAGAAAAUAAAAAAAGUAUAAAUUAAAUUCCUCUCACUGAGUCGUUGUGUCGAGCAAUCUUUGGUUUUUCGCAUUUCCAUCCCCGUGUGCAACUCUGUUCUCAUUAAAGUGUAACUGUAAUUUUUAGUCACAAGAUUACAAAAUGGUUCCAGUUACCAAGCCGAACACCAAGGAGGUGCAGUGCCAGCUCGCGGCAUGUGACGAGACCAAGCCGCAGCCGGAGCCGGUCGUCACCCCGAAGAGCGGCCGCGUGGGCAUCUUCAAUGCGGAAGAUUUUUUGUCCCGUGCCCAGAUGAACGAUAAGAUCAACAACAUCCUUCGCUCGCCCAACAAGGCUCCAAAUGGCGUGCGUCAACGCUCGGUGUACACCAACAACAACCCAUCGCCGCAGUCGUCGGUUCGUUUGCCCAGUUCGGCGUUGUCGCUGUCGGCUCGUAUGAGCAGCAUGUCGCUGAACAGCGGCAGCGCCAGUGUGGGCACCAAUACUUCUGUGCUGGCUAAGGAAUGCUCUAGCCAAACGAAUGCCAUAGGUGCUUCUGGUUCCUAUCGAUCCAUUGGAAUGAGCAUGCACCAGUCGCAGCCAUUGCUCACCGCAGUUGCAGAUUUGGAGCCUCUAGUGCUGAGCACCAAGUCGUUGACUGCUCGUUUCGCAGGGCCGUUUGGGUUUGAUAAUGGCGGUGCUUACUGUCAGCCACAACCUCAACCACCAAUGCACCACACUCAGCAGUACCCGUCGCCUAUGCCGCCCCCUCCUCAUGCCUUGGGUCGCGUUAGCUCGCGCACUUUUGAGUUUGAGAAUAAUCCACCACCGCCGCCGCCAUGUCCUGGCUCUGGACCGAUUGCCAUGUCAAAUGGCACCAUUCAGUUGCGCCUGCGCGAAGGAGUUAGAAUCGAUAUGACUCUGGACAAGGCAGUGCGCGUCUUGAAUCAGCGCAGCAUGGUGGCUGUCUCUUUGUCGCGCAAUGGCACGAACUCUGCUCUAAUCCAUCCCAAUGGCCGUAUUCUACAGAGCGGCUCCAAGGUGGAAAUCGUGACAUAUGACGGCAUGAAGGCCAACAACUUUGUGCGCUAUGCCAAGAUGUGGUACAAGGGUGUGAGCUUCACUAGUGAGUCUUGCGCUUUAAUUUAUCUGGUUGACACCGCUGGAACACGCACCACAACCGACACAUUCACUGACCUAACCAAGGACUACACUCUGGCAGUGUUUUACGACGACUCACGCCACGGUCCCUCUUUUGUGCCGGAUGCACAGGAGGUAAUUGCAAAGUCAUUAUACAGUUGCGCAGACGACGGCACCGAGAUGUACGACAUCAAUGGAUUUCGCAUUAUUCAGGCCGCCGAUGGCCUGGUGAAGGUGACUCGCCAACACAACAAGGGGCUCAUUCGCACCAGCCCUGGCAAUGGAUCGGUCACUCUAACCACUCUGGGCAUCCACUGCACCGCCUCCUUGGGCAAGACCUCGCAUCUGUUUUUACGUCGCAAUGAAAAGCGCAUGCACUUCGAUGGAUCCAAUUUUAUAGUGCGCAAUGCAGGACACUCGGCGGGAUUCAACGAGAACAACCUGCUGAUUGUGUACUAAGUUAGUUAUAUCCGAAACACAAACGUAGAUCCACAAGACACACACACAAACACAAACAGACACCUUAAACAGUUUUGGGGACUGUUGCGCUGCUGUAGCGUGGAGAGAGUAAUAACCAAAAAUAAUAUAACCCACAGAAAUAGCUUGAAACUGAAAGCAGGCUCGCAAAAAAAGCGCGAGCAACGCUAAGGCCAUUCUGAUCAGACGUAAAACAUAAAAGACCUAAGACCCAAACUUUGUAGCUGGGUGGCUUUUGGAUGCCUUUCGUUACUCGACGUAAGCGCAACGCAAUUAACAAGGAAUUCGUUUUUAGUUAUCUUUUCAUACUCGAACUUUUUGAUAUCAGUGAAUAUUCAGUAAAAAAAAUAACCUUAGGACACGGAACCACUGCCCUGCCUACUACUUGAAAACGCUGACCAUUUUGGCAGAUUGAGAAGUGUCAGCGUUUUAGUUUUUAAGGCUAAUUUUGGCUUAAAAAAGACUCUCUUCAAUCAAAUUCUUACAAAAUAUUUUGCUAAUAAUAUGAUAAAUUAAAAAAAAAAACAACAAACGUACAUAAGGAAAGCCUUAAAAAAUUUUCCACAUGCUCACAAAAUUUAAAACGACAAAGCGAUGCAGAUUUGUUCGCAGCAUGACGCCAAUGUGUGUGCAACAAUUAGUAGGCAGUGGUCUGAAGAGGUGGCUGUCCUUCCAAGCUGGUUUGGUCUGAUCUGGGUCCAGAGACGGCGCCAGUGCGGAUUCUAGUUACUCGUUACAGUUAAGAUUAGUUUGUAGUUGCUGCAAUCCAAACAUGUUCAUCCACACAGACACAACAAAGUGAAAUAUUGUUACAUUCUGAAUUGCAAAUUCAAAGUGAGCAUUUUACACAAUGGACACAAAUGACGCUCCAAAAAAGUUAGAUAUUCGCAGAGUAUUAUCAGGAGUACUCUUAUCACACACAACCGAUAAAACGUGAAAUAAUAAUUUAACACAAUAAUUGGUGAAGGUCCCCAAUCGUCUUA